GCGCAAAAGUGAUAAUACACGAGUGCAAUCAAUCGUUAUUAUGAUUAUUGACGUAUUAGCGUCAUGAGUGCGAAUCGACACAGACUUGUACAAGAUUAGAAACGAGACAAGCUUGGUAAGAAUUUUGGUGUUCGUUACAAGUGUGAACGAUUGUUGUGUUUGAGUGACUAAAAGAAAAAACCGGCUACUCAAAAUGAGCAGAAAUAUUACCGUGAAAGAAUUACAGCAAAAACUGAGAAGUGAGAACCUUCCAGUUACUGGCUUGAAGAAAGAAUUGAUAGGACGAUGGGUAACAUACCUCAAGCACCAAUAUCCGUCCCAAAUAAUAAAGAAAUCGAAUAAUACGAAUGCUUGUACGCAAGAGAAAAGUAAUUGCAAUUUACAUAAGCCAUUGGAAGAUCGACGUAGUGGUGGUGCUAUCUCGGUACCUAGGCGGGAUAAAGGUACUCGUACCAAGCAACGAACGGAGCGUUAUCGUGAUUGGAGCGAACGUGAGAGAGAUCAGCCGAAAACGUUGAGGCGUCGUGGUCAACGUGAUCAUUCAGAAGUUAACUGUCAGACGAAGUACAAGGAUGCUAAUAAUAAGUACCAUUUCAAGUAUAGCAAGAGGAGGCAUAUCUCCUCCGAAUGGUACAAAAAAAAUGAAGAAAUAAGGAAUACUUAUGCUAGAGAGAAGCCUGAAAGUGACCGCUCUGGCCUUUUUCGCAGAACCGUCAAAAUUGAAACUCCCGCACGGUACAAUCGGUGCAAUCGAUGUGGAUCUUAUUUAUCCAAUGUAAAAUAGAAUUAGGCUACAUCCAUUUUAAAACGCUGAUGAUAAAAGCAUUCUGCUUAAAGUAGUGAUGUUCAACCUGCGGCUUGUUUAUGAAUUUUUGUGGCCCAUCGGCUCAUAGCCAGAGAGAAAUAUAAAAUCGUAUUUUUUAUUUUAUGCAGACGAAAUAAACACGAAAUGCGAUCUGCAAUUUUUUUUCUAUUUCUAAAAAUGGCCAUUGAAAAUUAUACUUAAAAAAAUUGCGCAUCACUGGCCUGAAGUAUCAACUAACAUAUUAAUACGCAUGUAUACAUACUUUCAUUAGUAUACGAUAUGUAAUUUUUUAUUCAUACCGGUAUACAUAUGUAUAUGUAUGUAUAUA